AUGUUGUGCUGGGUGGGUUUCGUGACACAAAAUGAUGAGCUUUUUCCACAAUUGAGUGUAGAGGAAGCCUUCAUUUUUGCUGCAUUCUUAAGAAUUCAAAGCAAGAUGAGUCGACGUCAGAAGUAUGAAAGAGCUGAAGUGAUUAUUAAAGAAUUAGGCCUGGAAAGAUGUCAUCACACGAGAAUAGGUGGAGGACUUUUUAAAGGAAUAUCUGGGAGAGAGAGAAAAAGAACUAGCAUAGGGUAUGAAAUCUUUGUUGAUCCUUCUCUCCUCUUGUUCGACGAACCAACUUCAGGCCUUGAUUCGUCCUCCGCAAGGAAGGAACGAAUCAAUUCCCCUUUCCAUCUUUUGGUAGCAUAA